UUUUUUCCCGACAGGCUUCACCCGCCUCUUUCAUGUCGGUCCAUUUUUCAAAUCAAAAUUAAUCUUAAAUAAAAUAAAUUAUAAGUGUUCCUUCAACGUACAAUAUGGCUUCGUCGGAUGUUGCUCGGCAAGGGGAAAGAAAUGCUCGUCCCUUAUCCCUGUCUGGUCACGUUGGCUUUGACAGCCUGCCGGAUCAGCUGGUCAAUAAAUCCACCAGUCAGGGUUUCUGCUUCAACAUCCUCUGCAUAGGUGAGACAGGUAUCGGGAAGUCCACUUUGAUGGACACGCUGUUUAAUACCAACUUUGAAAACUUCGAGUCGUCUCACUUCGAGCCCCGCGUCAAGCUCCGAGCUCAGACGUACGACCUUCAGGAGAGCAACGUGCGUCUCAAGCUCACCAUCGUCAACACGGUGGGGUUUGGAGACCAGAUGAACAAACAAGAUAGCUACCAGCAUGUCGUGGACUAUAUCGACACGCAGUUCGAGUCCUACCUGCAAGAAGAGCUGAAGAUCAAGCGCUCGCUUCACAACUACCACGACUCGCGCAUCCACGCCUGCCUGUACUUCAUCGCCCCGUCCGGACACUCGCUGAAAUCCCUCGAUCUGGUCACCAUGAAGAAACUGGACAGCAAGGUGAAUAUAAUCCCAGUUAUCGCAAAGGCGGACACCAUCUCCAAGAGCGAGCUGCACAAGUUUAAGAUUAAGAUCAUGAGCGAGCUGGUGAGCAACGGAGUGCAGAUCUACCAGUUCCCCACCGAUGACGAGACGGUCUCCAAGAUCAACAGCGCCAUGAACGGCCACCUGCCGUUUGCGGUGGUGGGAAGCACGGAGGAGGUGAAGAUUGGGAAUAAAAUGGUGAAAGCACGUCAGUACCCCUGGGGUGUGGUCCAAGUGGAGAAUGAGAACCAUUGCGACUUCGUGAAGCUGCGAGAGAUGCUGAUCUGCGUGAACAUGGAGGACUUGCGGGAGCAGACGCACACACGCCACUACGAGCUCUACAGACGCUGCAAACUGGAGGAGAUGGGCUUCAAGGACACAGACGCUGACAGCAAACCAGUCAGCCUGCAGGAGACAUACGAGGCGAAGCGUCAAGAGUUCCUGCUGGAGCUUCAGCGGAGAGAGGAGGAGAUGAGGCAGAUGUUUGUCCUGCGCGUUAAAGAAAAAGAGACGGAGCUGAAGGAAGCCGAGAGAGAGCUCCAGGGCAAGUUUGAGCAGCUGAAGCGUUUGCAUUCUGACGAGAAAAGCAAGCUGGAUGAGAAGAGGAAGGCUCUGGAGGAGGAGAUGAACAACUUCAGUAAGAAGAAAGCCGCAGCUGAGCUCCUGCAGGGACAAUCGUUUAGCUCCAACUCCAACCUCAAGAAGGACAAAGACCGCAAGAACUCUGGGUUCAUGUAAAAGGAGCUCCAUUGAAGACUGGAUCAUUUUGCCCCCCCCCCUUUUUUUUUCUUUUUCACCCUUCCUAAGAAAAAAAAAACGAUCAUUAUCCAGCCAGUUUGUAUCUCGUGUUUUUAUUAUCCGAAUAUAUCAGCAGGACUGCUGUGUGUAUCUUUUUGUUAUUGUAUUUUUUUAUAUUUUCUUCACUCAAUGUUUUAAUGUAGGAUUGAGGACGGACACUAGGGGGCGACGAGACGAGGUUUUUGUAAGUGGGGAUCAAAGUGCCUUUAGAUAUGUGCCUUACUUGAUGAACAAGAAACAAUUCACCAGCAGUGAUCAGUGUAUUAGGAAGACUGAUCACGUGCAGAAUAUUAUCAGUAAACUGUUUAGACAAAAUUCCAAUUUUGCUAAAAAAAUAUUUUGUACCAUAAUAUUGUUUGACACGUCACAGAUUUACCCUGAGAACAUGGAGUCCAGUCUCCACCUUACUCUUAUAAUAUUACUCAAUAAAUUAUCAUUACAAAUGCCAAAACUGAUUCUACACCAGCACAGCAAUUCUGCAUGACACCUGGUUUCAAAUAUAUUUUUCGUGACCAAAAGACAAAGAAAUCGACUUCCACUGUUUGCUUGAACACUAUUUUUUUUUUUAAGUGUAUUUAUCUAAGCUGUGUAUGGGGUUAAAUUCAUUAAAGCAUGAAUAAAAUUUGAAUGAAAAUAA